GGAACGAUUCAGAGACAAACGAUGCGGAUGACGGCUGAAACCCCAAAACAUGGUGGCCUUACCACAAAGUCAUUGUGGACAGAGGAUAUUUUUUCCGUCCUCGUGGCCUCCUUCGAUAUAUCUCCGCUGUCGGUGGUAGAGCUCACAGUUUUGGCAGGUGCCAACAGUCAGUUCCAUGCCAUGCAAUGGCCCAGGUGUUCCAUGCUUUGGCGCACUGGUUGUAUGCUGAAAUGGAAGAAAAACUGGGAAACCGUCAGCUCCAAACUGGAACACUUGGGGGAGAGGUUGCGAAGCCCUCAUGUCGCAGCACGGGCUGCCAUAGUGGGGUGUGCAGAUCGGUUUCGUGCUUGGGCCGAAGAGGACCGAUGCCGGGCUGCAUGGGCUGUUGCUGCUGUGCUGUCGUCCGUCAAAUGGGUUGAUCUGGAGAACCGAGGAUACAUUGUGCGUUUAUUGGCUUCGGGUUUGGUCGCUACAGCACCUUGGGGGUCUAUGUCAACAGCAUCAGCUGUUCUGGAGAUGGUUUCCAGAGAGAGAGGCUACAGCGACGAAGUGGACGGUCUGCUGAGGGAGGUCGGAGUUGGCGAUUUGUUGGCGCGGCUUGUUCAGCAUCCAUCCACGAGCGUACAGAGGUGUGCGCUUGAAGCCAUCAGCCACGCAUGUGAUUUGGGCUGUGAUCCAUUGGAACUUUCUGGCACUGAUGCAGUGCCGGCAGUGAUCUCCAUAGCUCAGUCAGGAUGUUAUGACAACAAACUUGCAGCUCUGGAAGCCAUUCAUUGGCUUGCUGAAAGUAGUGCAGAUCGGCUGAAGGCAGCAAUCCCUGUACUGGUGCAACUCCUGGGCCACACUAGUGAUGACUUGAAAGAAGCUGCUGCUUCGGCCUUGUGGGCAUUGAUGAUGUCCCGACAGGAAACCUAUCCAAUUGAAGCUUGUGAGCACGGAUGUGUUCCCAAGUUGAUAGACCUUCUCCGACGGGACAAGUGCCAACGUCAGACCAUUCUCUUUUGCCUUGAACGUGUGACCAUGCCACCAGCCAUUCGCCACAUGGCGCUACAAGCGGGCGUUUUGCCACUUCUUUUCAGAAGUCUGCAGGAUGAAAGGGACAAAAUUCUCCAAGAGUGCAUCUUGGGAAUGCUGCUGUCCUACAGCAGUCAUGUGUCACAAGCCCUUGUGCAGCAAGAUGCAGCCGAACGAAAAUCCAACAUUCGGCAGCUUGUAGCUAUCUCCCGGGCUGGGUCCAGCGAAAAUUGUACUUGUGCAAGGCAGUUGCUUGAGCACAUAACACAAGACUCGUCACUGACGCAGUAGACAAGCCGGCUCCAUUGGGUGAGCUCCAGUGAUUGCAUCCUAGUUUGGCAGGUGUUUUCACACGUGUAGGGCAGGGGAAGGAUGCUGCUGGAGAAAAGUUUAGUCUGUUUUUGGUGCUCCAAACUUAAGGAAGGCGGCCAAAGGGUGGCGCCAAAAGAUCAUGGCACUUGAAACGGGACUAGAUGGAGGAAGAUGCCAAA